CAGAUCAUUUAAUAAUUUUUAUGGCCCUAAGCCUAAUUUCACACACACACACACACACAUCUACACACAAGUACAAACGCUAUCCGCCCCUCCUCGCCCUUCUUUAAAAAGUUGCAUAAUAAUGAGAUUAUUGUGUGCGAGCCCAAUUGUUCAGUAAUGUUCAACCGAUCCAAAACUCUGAAGGGGAGAUUAACAGGUUAAGCACUUAGGUCAAGCUACCGAUUAAAAGUUGAAGCUCGACAGGCAGGAUUUUGUUUUACUCUCAUGGUAAGAUCGUGAGACCAGUGUAUAGUUGUAGACUUCAUGAUAUAGGUCCAAGUCUACCUACAGUGGUAGGAACAAAGUGGCCAGUGUAGUUCAAUAGUGAGACUAAAAUAACAAGUCGUGUUUAUGGUUUGAGAGAUAAGAGGACAGUGUACCGUAUAGAAUAGUAUAGAUGACACGAAGGCAUGAGGUAGUUAAAGAAAUGACUGAUGAAGAUACAAAAUCUUAUUACGGAAGUACUCUAAAGGAACUGUGUGGACAUGACAGGCCUGAUAAGACUUUCUUGAAAUCUCUGGAAUGUACACGUUUAGCUUCAGGCAAGUGUCGUUCCACGAUCUGGCCACUAAACAUCAUACCAAGAGCAGUCGGAAGACCGGAAACUGCCAAACGACGUCUGCUGAGCAGUAGAGACGACUGUAACACCAUCAGCCCACAUGAUAAAACAAGGCUACAUUUAACUGUAACCCAGAAUGGAAACAUGCUGUAUGAGCAGCGAAAGCUUAGAGAAACUACAGGCAGUCGUUGCACUUCUGCUGUAACUCGCGAAUCUGUUUGCAGUGACUUUCCUAACAGUAGCUUAGUGAGAAGAGGCAGAUGUAGGCCUAGAACUAUGUCCGAGAGUUGUGGGACGUUACAAAAAACUUCACUGUCUGGUCGAGCGUGUACUUCUGCUGUAAGCAGAUCAUCUACGCGAGCCUCAUCUUUACAGACAUCUCAUUUAGUCAAAGAUUUAAACUUAAAUACAACAUUAUGUAUUUGGUGUAUUGAGAACAAGAAAUUAGCUAAUGUAGCAGAAACAGAACAAGGUUUCUUUCACCAGGGAAAUGUUUACAUACUAUUUAAGAGAAAUUCUGAAAGUUGUAGGACUUAUCUCCAUAUUUGGCAAGGUAGUCUUUCUAGUCAGAACGACCAGAUGUUAGCCAGAAAUGUAGUCAGUGAAAUAGACAGAGUUUUAAACAGAGUUUCUUUUAUAUCCUUUGAGAGUGAAUGUUCUGAGACAGUCAUGUUUCGCUCUCUUUUUAAGAAUGGCAUUGUAACUGUGGAAGGUAAAUCAAUUGCAACUAAAGUCACAUCUGGCUGCUAUAAUAAUCGAUUGUAUCAUGUCAAAGGGGGACAAUUUCUUUCAGCCACUUGUAUGGAAUGUUCUGCAUUAGCUAUCACUGAUGACAAUGUCAUUAUAUUAGAUGGCUAUCCCAGAGUGUAUGUGUGUAUAGGCAAAAAUGUAGAUUUUAUUUUGAGGGAAAAGACUCUGCAGCUUGCAAAACUGAUUAAUGAUCAACAUGGAGCUGAAAGGAGUCAAAUAAUUGUGAUGGAUGAAAAUGAUGAACAUCUAAAAAAAGGAUUUGCCACAAAGUUAGACCCAAAUUUACCCUGCUACAGACAAAGUUCUGAAGAAAUAUUUGAUGAAGUUAUACCUCAGGAAUCUUUACAACUGUUUAAAAUCAAUGGAUCCAGAGCAGAGUAUGACAUGCCAUUAGUGUCCAGCUAUCCACUGCAUCAAAAAUAUCUCACUAGUCAGGGCAUAUUCUUAUUAAAAGUUAAAACAACGCAGCCAGUAUAUAUUUGGGUUGGUCAAUGUGCUGAUUCAUUUGCAAUAAGUGAAGCUUUACUCAAUGGACAGAUGUUUAUGCAGACACAUCAUUUUCCUGCUUCUACACCUUUAUGUCGUGUCCGAGAAAAUGAAGAGCCUACAGACUUUAAAAAAUAUUUCAAAGAUUGGAAAGACAAAAUACACCAUACUCCUUCUAAAGCAGUGCAUACUUAUACUGUAGCUAAUAUUGAGAGAGCACUUCUAUCCAACUGUGAAACUCAAAUCAUUGGGAAGUUAAAAGAAAUUCAAAAAGAGGUCAAUGUUUUGGAAUGUAGCAAGGACUAUGAAGUUUGGUUGAUAGAUGAACACCUAAUUCCCUUAAAGACCACUAGUUAUCCAGCAUUUGAUAGAAGUCAUUGUUAUCUAAUAUUAUGUCAUCGAACUAAUGGAGAAAACAAAAAUUGUGUAUUGUACUAUUGGAUGGGUGAAAGAGCAUCAAGUGAAAAAAAGAAAUGGGCUCUGUCAGUGACACUGCAGUGUCAAUCAUUCUUAAGCAAUAACUGCCUUAUGAUCAGAGUUCUAGAAGGAAAGGAGCCAAAACAUUUCUUAACAGUUUUAAACAGUUGCCUAAUUGUGUAUGAUGGUGGCCCUAAUCAAGACAUAUCAACUUCAGAUAUGAAUCUCAACUUUGAGAACAAUGUCAUCAUUUUCUGUGUUAGAGAGUGCCAUGAGGACCUUGUGACAGUCUCACAAGUUCAGUCAAGCUCAAAAUGUCUGAACUCUUCUGCGACUUUUGUUGUAAUGUCUAGAUCCCAAAAGUACUUAUGGUAUGGCAAGAAUUCUACUGUACUUGAGCGUGACUAUGCUAAACACAUGAUGAACCACUUCUGUCCUGAAAGAUUGCAUGAUUACAUUAUUGUUGGUGAGGACAGAGAACCUGAUCAGUUUUGGACUUGUGUCUUAAAGCAUGGAGAACAUUUAGAUCAAUUCCCCCCAAAAAGUUUAUGUUGUGGAGAACUUAGACUUAUUAUGUGUAAUCAAAGUCAAGAAAAGUGGCUUUUUAAUGAUAUCUAUGAUUUUUGUCAUGAAAACCUUUAUGAAAGUGCCAUAUAUAUUUUAGAUACAAGGGAUUGUAUUUUGCUGUGGAUAGGUCAAUCUAUAAAUGAAGUAACUCAAGAUAUGAUUUCAUCUAUUUUUAGUGCCUACUUAUCUAUUGAUCUUACCAACCGACAAGAAUCUGACAUAGAGAUUUGGAUACUUCAUCAGUCUAAUGAACCAUUUUUGUUCUCCAAUAUGUUUGGGGAUAUCUGUUUUAAACAUGCAAAAAUCAUGUACCAGCUAGAAAGAAAAAGACUUAGAAUAGAGAAUGCUCUGAUAAAUUUGAGUAGGCAGGAAGAGAAUGCUGAUUCAUCAAUUGACAUGCAACAUUUAAAGUUGCCAGAUUCAGAAUUCCAUGCUGUGUUUAGAAUGAGAAAAUCUGUGUUUCAUCAUUUACCAAGGUGGAAACAGCAUCAGAUAUUAAAAUUUAAAAAAAUGUUUUCAUUCUGUAAUUUAUUAGUUGGAUUUAAAGGGGAUAAUUUACCUUAGAAUAAAUAAAUAAAAAUUGACUGUAAAUGUUUACAAUUACUAGAAUUAUUUUUUAUUGGACCAUUUAUAUGUUAUUAUUUAUACCAAACUUAUGUAAUAUUAUACAAUAACUGAAUAUCUUCAACUGCAGAAGUAUCUGCUUUUUUGUUGUUUACAAGGAAAGGACUAUUUUUAUAUGCUUUAAACAUUUUAGAUAAGCAUCCAUGAAACAGCUCAAUUUAAAUACCCAGUGGUACCUUGGUAUUCAACAACUUUUAACUUAAAGUAUUUCUUGUUUGACCACAAUAAUCCAGUCCAAAAUGUCUCUGACCCAAAUACAUUUCUGGAACUGCAACACGCUUGACUCGAUGGUCAAUGUGUCAUUAAACUAUGUGCAUUUUUAUCAAUGCUACCAUUUGAUUCAGCCUGAAAUUAAAAGAAUGCCCCAAACAUUGUCCUUCAUACUUAUCUUUAAUUUUUUUUUUUUUUGGGAAUCAUCGAUCCAAAGAAAAGCAGCAGGGAAAUUAAAGAAAAAAGGAACUUCCUGAGAAAUCCAAUUGAACUGAAAAAAAGGAAAUUUCUAAAUAUGAAGUUAGGAUGUGUUUUGGGCAAGUACCCACUACUUUCUUGGAAGGGGACUCUCAAAGCUGUACAUUCCCCUUCCAUUGACUUAUGAGUUACGAAAGGUUUAAAUUUAUUUUAUUAUAUAUUUAUAUUAACUUUUAUUAAUUUACUUGUAUUUUUUUAGUAAAUAUUACUACUGUAUUUAGUACAGAGGAAUGUGAGAUAUAUAUGACAGUUGUGUGCUUUUGAUGCACAGUCAAUCAAUAUUUUUAAAAUUUAUAUCUAAUAUUAUUAAUAUCUCAUCAUAAUUCAACAUUACAGAGUAUGAACAUUUCUAUAUUUCUUUUCAUAGAACAUUGUAGUUGUGUUCAUUCUCAUAUAAUUUUUUUUUUCAAGAGUCGUGAUGACAAUGUAAUUGUUUUCUUUUGCUGAUUCAAUGAAAAAGGCCAACUCAUUGAUUAUUAUUUGAAACUCAAUACAUGUAUUGAAAAUAAUUAAUAACAAUCAGGAGUUUAGCAAAAUUGUAUUUAUUCUAUGUGAGUUGUUUAUGUAGUCUGUAAAUAAUGUAUAGUUAAAUAAUGAGAUUUCUUCACAAAGCAACAGUUUUAAAUUGAUUUAAGCUGCCAACUUAAAGUUGUCUACAGCAUCAUCCUCACAUAGUGAAUUUAUUGGAAAAAAAAUGUACAACUCUACAACUUACAAAAUUUACAGCAUGCUUUGUAUCUGUUUUGUAGACUUAAAAUAUGAAAUCCACAGGGUUUUUAUUUUUGUUUCUUUAUGAAUAAAGAUUUGAAUUCAUUGAUGUAUGAAA